AUGGAAGACGAGUCCUCGUAUUACGACAGAACCAAGGAAGUGGAGUUCAAUGAAACUAAAACCGGAGUUAAAGGCCUUGUGGACUCGGGGAUCACAAAAGUUCCCAAGUUCCUCAUCCAUCCACCACAUAGCCUUUCAAAUUCAGAAACAACAGAUGUAGACUUUAAGGUUCCUGUCAUAGACUUCGACGGCUUUGAUCAAGAUUUUUGGCGCGCGCAGACUGUGAAGGAGAUUCGUGAAGCAUCUGAAACGUGGGGUUUCUUUCAAAUGGUUAAUCAUGGAGUUCCAGAGAGAGUGAUUGAGAAUCUGUUGGAAGUGAUUCGAGGGUUUCAUGAGCAGCCGAAGGAGCUGAAGAUGGAGUGGUACCUCGCUAAACAAACUGUUCAAAGUUUGUUGUCCAAGGCCUUGGGCCUCAGCACUGACUUCCUGGAAAACAUAGAGUGCAUGAAGACUGAACAUCUGGUGUGCCAUUACUACCCGAGCUGUCCAGAACCGGAGUUGACCCCCGGCACUACCAAGCAUUCAGAUCCAUCCUCUUUAACUGUACUCUUGCAAGACAAUCUCGGCGGCCUGCAAGUCCUCCAUCAAGGUCACUGGGUUGAUGUUCCUCCAACUCAUGGAGCUCUUGUGGCCAACGUGGGUGAUCUUACGCAACUUAUCACCAAUGACAAGUUCAGAAGCGUCGAGCAUAGAGUAUUGGCUGGAAGAGUGGGGCCCAGGAUAUCAGCUGCAUGCUUUAUCUAUCCGAGUGCUACAAAAAGAUUCAAACCUAUGGCCCAAUCAAGGGGUUUCUCUCUGACAACCUACCUGCAGACAGGGAAACACACAUUGGACAGUAUCUUGCUUAUUACAGAUUAA